UCUAACCGGAUUCUUAAACCCGGUUAUGAGUUUUACCAGCCGGUCGUAGCAGCCCGGCAAUUUGGCCUUGCGCAGGUGCCUCCCCACUUCCUUCUCCAUCUGCUAACAUCCAGCAGGGUGGACCUCCCCGAUGCUCUGACCGCCCAGAGGUGCUACAGUCUGUUCGCAGACCUUCCCCUGUCUGUUCCUGCCAACUUCACCUUCACCUCCUCGGCUGUUGACUUCGAUGGAUGGUGGACGAUGUGGAAAACUCAUGUUUUCCAAGGAGCCCUGGGUCCGAUGCUUCAACAGAUCGACCCUGAAUAUGACAUCCCCGAUGGAGAGCAAGAAGAUGGCCCAGAGCCAAUAAACGAGGAUGGAUCCCCUUUUUGCUUCCGGGCGGUCGCUCCCGUGGUUCUUUUUGGCAGGAACGCACCCCCUCCCUCGAAGAGUGUAAUGCAGAUCCAGCCGAGUACCGCCAAGUUGACCCCCAAGCGGAAACGGCUUUCUGAGGCUGCUGCCCCCCGUGUCUGUGCUAAGACGAGGAAGACCCUUGUCAGAAAGGUCCGGAAGGAAACUGCGUCGUCUUCUCCUAAUCCACCACCUCCAGUUGCCGAUCAGCCUGCUGUUGUAGAAGUCUCCAGCGGGGAGGAGCCCCCAUGUCAGAAAGGUUCGUCUGUGGAGAUGCCGGAGGGCAUAGACGUACCCAUCAGGGCCCUGAUCACCCUUUGCAAUCCUGGUGUGACAGACUCGGGAGGCCCUUCUGCAUCGGCUGUUGCCUCAACUGCUCCGCUAGGUCUGCAGGUCAUUGACUCCUGUCUGGAAGGACCCUUCCCCGCCUCGGCUAUUGCUGAUUCCCCUGCACGAGAGGUACGCCCAACGGAGCCGAUCGCCGUUUCAUCGGCUGUUGCUGAUUCCCCUGUACGAGAGGUACGCCCAACGGAGCCGAUCGCCGUUUCAUCGGCUGCUGCUUCUGUAAAGCCGACUGCUGCUCCAUCGGCUGCCGCUCCUCCCUCUGGAGGUGCAAUCCAUGCGGCCUCUACCGCCACCGCUCAUUCCUCGGGAGGGACACCUUCCCGGGAGCCGAUCACCCCUUCGUUGGCCAUCGCUGCUUCCUCCUCGAGACAGGUAUAUCUUCUCUUUGUAACUAUUUUGGUCUUUUUCGUAAUGCCUGUCUCACUCUCUUCUCCUUCAGAACCUGGAUCUUUCAGAGCUCCUUGCGUUUGA